AUUUUACAAUUAAAUUGAAUUUAACAUUUUAUUUUAAUCGAUCUCUUUGAUCAUCGUCAUUUUCAAAAAUAUCAUCACGUUUAGUAGGUAAAAAUAUCAACGAGUUAAUUAAGUGAGAAAAUAUGCCGAGCAGUAAAACAAGAGUCGCAAUCAUCGGUGGUGGUGUUGCCGGUUUGGUCGUAGCUCGUCAUUUAUCAUCAAAACCUGAUAAUUAUAGUUUAACCCUUUUUGAGCAAACUGAUCAAGUGGGUGGAACAUGGGUUUAUACAGAUGAAACUGAUCUCGAUAAACAUGGAUUACCAGUGCAUAGCAGCAUGUACAAGAAUCUUAGGACAAACCUUCCUAAGGAGAUUAUGCAGAUACCAGAUUUUCCAAUGAAAGAUCUGAACGGUCCGUCAUACGCUCAUCAUGAAAUGAUACGUCAAUAUUUAUGGGAUUACGCAGAACAUUUUAAUCUCUAUUCCCACAUAAAGUUAAAUACCGUGGUUAAACACGUAGAACCGGAAACGUUAAAGAAUGGUCAAACGAUCUGGGUCAUCAAGUAUGAAGAUUUGGAAAACAAAGUCGAGAGCGUUAAGACGUUUGACGUCGUUUUUUUAUGCAACGGUCAUUAUACGGUCGGCCAUGUUCCGUAUAUUCCCGGAAUCGAAAGUUUUCACGGUUCGUGUAUUCACAGUCAUCAAUAUCGUGUACCUGAAGUCUAUACCGGGAAAAAGGUAUGCAUCUUAGGUGCAUCAUGGUCAGGAAUUGAUAUUGCUCUUGAAAUAUCGCAAUAUGCUGAACAGAUUUAUUUAAGCCACAACUUACCGAAACCGAUAGAAUCAAAAUUAGCAAAAAUUGUUACUCAAAAACCAGGAAUUCAAUCAAUUCAAGGAAAUACUUUUACUUUUCUCGAUGGAACUACUGCCAAAAUAGACAUGUUCAUAUAUUGCACUGGUUAUAAGUUUACGUAUCCCUUUAUGUCAUCUAAAGUUGAGUUACGUACUGACGAUAAUCAUGUUGAACCUAUUUAUAAACAUUUGGUACACAUUACCAUGCCUAAUUUAUUUUUCAUGGGGAUUCCUUCAUUAGUCAUUCCCUUUCCAAUGUUUCACAUCCAAGCUCAAUAUAUUGUUGGAAUUUUGGAGGGUCGUGUAAAGUUACCAUCUUCCAAAGAAAUGUUGGAAGAUUUCGAAAGAGAAAAGAAUGCUUUAUUGCAAGAAGGAGUUCCUUUAAGAUAUAUCACAAAACUCAAGGAAAAACAAUGGGCAUAUUAUGACGAAAUAGCAGCCGCUGCAAAUGUACCAAGUUUUCCUCCGGUUGUUAAGAAGAUUUACGAUCACGCGGCUGAGAUGCGUGACACCGAUUUUACCAGUUAUAAAAAUUAUCAAUAUCGCAUAAUCGAUGAUGAAAAUUUUACUGUUUGUUGUUGUAAGCCUUGUUAGGGUUUACGCGAAAAGAUAAAUGAUACGUGAAAUUUUAUUUUUUUAAUAGUGAAACUGGGCCAUAACGUACUUUGGUACUAGUUCACUGCUCGUACGUUUGUCGACCAAUGGUCAGAAUUGUAUUUCUUUUAAUUUCUAAGACCUUGACGACUUAUGUUUCAUUACUAUCGAUCGUACUUCGUUCGAAAAACGGAUUACAAAAUAUUACGUUAAAUGUAUUAAAUCACAACAAAUUAUGGCAUUUAUCAACUUGCUUUAUUAUUUAGUUCGUAAGGGUUCAAUGCAUUGACGUAAUAUGAUUCAAGAUAUAAGAUUAAGAAGAUACUUUCUUGAUGUAAAAAGGAUUGUAGAAAGAGAAAGUAAAUGUUAUAGUGACUGUAUAUUUUUGCUGAUAAUAUGUUACUACUACAAUUAACGACGAGAGAUAUAUACUCGGAAUAAAGAACUAUUAUCAUGCUA